AUGCGACAGGAAAUGGUGGAUUCAAAGAAAAUGAAGCUUGAUAGAUCCAACAACACGAUGGUGGAACUCCCACAAUUCUCCAUGACAACAAAUCUGAAAUGUGCAGAUCUCAAAAUUUGUGAUGGUGCCCAGGGUCUUGUGAAGUUAUGUUGCACUGACAUUAGUAGAUCUGAACAUGUAUUGGAGUGUGAAAGUAUGUGUGAUGGGCAUGCACCUAUUUUUUCAUUGCAAAAACAAGUUUCGUUGCUUUUAUCUGGGUGCCAAGAACUUAUGAGUUCUGCAAGCGAGAUUCACAUAAAAUGUCAUUACUACUUUCUCAUUGAUGGCUGCUCUGGCCCGAAGGAAUUUUCAAUAACCUUAAAGGAAACAAGGCAGUUAAACAUAACACGCCCUGGAAUGGAAAUACUGGACUCAUCCAUUGGGAACCUCAGCAAUCUUAAAGACUCAGAUGUGGAUGGUCAACAAUUGAAGGAUCUGCCCAAUGACCUACUUUGCUUGAGAUCGACCUACUACCUUAAGCUUUCGAAGAACAAAGGACAAAGCACUGGGAAAACCAAGAUACAUAUUCUAUGUGAUGGGUUACGGUAUUAUCAACGAAUAUCUUUCAGAAUGUUGUAUAACUCACUUCUCUUUGUUCCUUCGAAUUUGAGUGUUGUACCAUGGUGUCGUGAAUUAACAAUGGAAGAAUGGCGCGCUAUGCUUUUGCUGGAGGCACGGCCUUUUGUGCCUAAAAUGGCUUUAAGAGUGUUGCAUCCUAAGGCAUCCCUCAUGAUAGUUAACCGGUACGAAUACGUAGUUUGUGAGAUUGGGAGCUACCUCACCAUCAGGGAUGGCAAAAAAGUUUGUGCAAGCAGAUAUCCACGGAUUAAAUUCACAAUUGGAUACAAAACAGAUAUCUCUAAUGGAUAUUUAGUUCUCACAGGUGCCGGUGUUUUAACUAUAAAUUUGUUUAUGGGUCGGAUAAGAGUAUCACGGUAUAGUUGUUGA